AUGGCGGCUGAAGGCGCGCGCACUGCGUCGCUGGCGUUCUUGGAAGAUGUACUUGAGUCGGAUUCCUGCUGUUUCCGCCACGAACGCUACUUGAAAGCUGUCACCCUCCACGGCUGUCAACCUCCACGGCUGUCACCCUCCACGGCUGUCAACCUCCACGGCUGUCACCCUCCACGGCUGUCACCCUCCACGGCUGUCAACCUCCACGGCUGUCACCCUCCACGGCUGUCAACCUCCACGGCUGUCACCCUCCACGGCUGUCAACCUCCACGGCUGUCACCCUCCACGGCUGUCAACCUCCACGGCUGUCACCCUCCACGGCUGUCAACCUCCACGGCUGUCAACCUCCACGGCUGUCACCCUCCACGGCUGUCACCCUCCACGGCUGUCAACCUCCACGGCUGUCACCCUCCACGGCUGUCACCCUCCACGGCUGUCAACCUCCACGGCUGUCACCCUCCACGGCUGUCACCCUCCACGGCUGUCAACCUCCACGGCUGUCACCCUCCCACGGCUGUCACCCUCCACGGCUGUCACCCUCCACGGCUGUCAACCUCCACGGCUGUCACCCUCCACGGCUGUCACCCUCCACGGCUGUCACCCUCCACGGCUGUCAACCUCCACGGCUGUCACCCUCCACGGCUGUCAACCUCCACGGCUGUCACCCUCCACGGCUGUCAACCUCCACGGCUGUCACCCUCCACGGCUGUCACCCUCCACGGCUGUCACCCUCCACGGCUGUCAACCUCCACGGCUGUCACCCUCCACGGCUGUCACCCUCCACGGCUGUCACCCUCCACGGCUGUCACCCUCCACGGCUGUCAAACUCCACCUCUACUGAAUGCAAAUUAG